AUGGCUGGUGGACAUACUGAUCGAUCAGAGGGAUCAGUUUUCACAUCAUUGCGACCACUUCACGAAUGGAGAGAGGAAUUGGAGCAAAAACGACGCGAAUUGGUGGAAUUGACGGGUAAAUUUUGAUUUGCACAGUAUUUUUUGUAAAAAAUGAUUAAUUUUGACCCGAAAAUCGUGAUUUAAACCCGAGCAAUGUUCUCAUUUUCUGAAAAUUAGACUGAGAAAUGCCUUAUUUUCCAAAAAUCUAGAGGUUUUAGGUUAACAUGAGCAAUCCUUAAAUUUUUCAAAAAAUUGUUUUUUUUUACUGAAAAUUCAGAUUAACAUGAGCAAUGCUUUUAAUUUUCAAAAAUCCAUAAUUUUCUGGUUAACAUGAGCAAUGCCCUUAUUUAUAAUUUUUAACCAAAAAUUGAGAGCCCAUCAGGUUCAAAAUUUAUGUAUUUUUUCCAGCCGAAAUCGAAAAAACGGCCGAAAUUUCUCGAAAAUGGCACGAAUUGAAAGAGGUUCUAACAACUGCUCAAAGACGAUUGAAUGCAAUCAAUGAGAAUCUGAAGAAUUCCGAACUUGGAGUUGUGCAAAAUGAAUUGGAGCAAGCGAAAAAGGUUAGUAAUUUUUCGUCAAAAAUAGAGGAUUUUGAACUGAAAUUCGGAAUUUUCAGGUAAAAAUUAUGAAAAAUAAACUCAGGAGCUUGAAAAAUGCGAUUUUUAAAAGAAAGUUGAUUGAAAACAGCAAACGCGCUCUAUUGAACUUUUAGCUUUUUGUUGAAAAAUUCAAAUUUGCUUUUUUUUUUCAAAUUUCAAACUUCACGGUAUUUUGAGUCGAAAAUCUAAAAAUGUCAAAUUCUAGGCUAAUUUUCAGCCGAAAAUCUCAAAUUUCACCUCAAAACUGGCCAAAAUCCACCCGAAACCCCUAAUUUUCCCAAAUUUCCAGGAACUCGAAGAAGUAACCGUCGAAGUUGCUGAUAAAAAGAAGCGUUUCGAUGAAAUUGGAAUAAUAGUCAAAGAAUUGGAAAGUCGCAAGAAAAAUGAUAAAGGAUUUCAAGAGAAGGAGAAGAAAAAAUUGCGAGAAAAAUUGGAUGAAAUUGAGCAAAGAUCGGCGAAAAAUAAGGAUAAUCGAGAAUCGGCGAGUCGAAAUAUUUUGGCGAAAAAAGCGGAAGUCGAUGAGUUGACUGAACAAAUUCGACUGGAUUUGGAGAAUUUGGAAGCGAAAUUGGUGGAAUUGGAAAAUAAGAAGAAGGAUUUGGAGGACAAAGGAAAAGAAGUUGAGGAGGCGUUGGUGAGCAAUUUUUUGUUGCAAAAAUCAUUAAAAAAUGGUAGAUUUUGAGCUGAAAUAGCUGAAAAUUCAUGAAAAUUGACCUGAAAUAGGCUGGGGACUAGUUUUGGUUUUCUAGGCCACCAAAAAUCAUGUUUUUCGGUCUGAUAUGGCCCCGGGACUAGUUUUUCACCAAUUUGGUUUUCUAGGCCACCAAAAAUCAUAUUUUUCGGUCUAAAACAGGCUAGGGACUAGUUUUUCACUGGUUUUCUAGGCCGCGAAAAUUCCAAUUUUCCACAAAAUUCGGCCAGAAAUCAGGUUUUUAGUCACAAAAUGAGAAUUGUAAUACAAAUUUGAGCAUUGCUCAUGUUAAGCACAAUUUUUGAACAAAAAUUUUAUUUUUUGAAAAUUUCUAGCAUUGCUCAUGUUAACCUGAAAUUUUUAAAAAAAAAACCCAUUUUCUCUUUAGAAAAACGAAAAAGUUGUUCGAGAUGAGCUGGAUUCGCUGAAACGAAAAGUUCGCCAACAAGACGAAGAAAUGAAAAAAGUGAUGAAAAUGGUGGAUUCGCACAAACGGGAAAAACUGAAAAUUGUGAGUUUCAGCCAAAUUUUGCGGUUUUUCUGACUGGAAAUUUCAAAAGUUGAGAAAAUUUGCGAUUUUUGAGUCCAAACAUGCUUUGGUUUAAAAAAUUGUGAAUUUUUACUGAUUUUCAGCAAAAUUUUGGGUUUUCAGACAUCGAAUAUUGAAAAUUUCGAAAAAGAAGUUCAAAGAUAUGUGGAAUGCGAAAAAUUGUGCAAAACGGCGGCGCUGAAGCAAAAAAAGCGGUGUGAAUGGAUCGAUCAGGAAGAGCAACAUUUUGGAAAGAAAAAUACGGAAUAUGAUUUUGAUGGGUGAGUUUUUGAGCUGAAAAUUGUGAAAAAUGACCUAAAAUUGACCGGGGGACUAGUUUUGGAUUUUUAGGCCACCAAAAAUUGAAAAUAAGGUUGUUUUUGAUGAAAAUUGACCGGAGGUCUAGUUUUGGUUUUCUAGGCCACCCGAAAAUGGCAAAAAUUGAAUUUUCUUCCAGAUUUUCCGAAGAACGCGGACAAAAUAACAUCAAAGAGAUCUCAUCAAAUCUCGAAGCUAUGGAGCGAAAAAUCAACACCAAAGCCAGUCAAAAUUUCGAUGCUGUUGAGGCGAAGGUAAAAAUUAUUAAAUUUGUGCUCUACUCGAUUUUUCGCGCUGAAAUUCGGCGCAUUUUGAGUUAUUUUUCGUUGAAUUAGGGCUACUAUGAGCAAUGGUGUUAAAAUUUUGAAUUUUUUUGCAAAAAAACCACGUGGAUUUUCGAUAGCUCAAAAUCCACGUGUUUUCUCUGCUCUCUCUCAAAAAUCUACCAUCUUUCACCUCUAAUCUAUUUCUCUGCACUCUCUCAAUUUCCCUCACUAUUUCCUCUAUUUUUCCAGCUACAAGACAUCAAAGUGAAAAGAGGCCGUGUUCAACAAGACCGAACAACCCUAUUGCGAACAAUCAAUGUGUUGGACGAGAAAAAAGUGGAAGAGAUAGAAAAGGCGUAUAAAUCGGUCAAUUCGGUGAGUGCUUGUGUGACCGAGUGGAUAGCGCGCGUGUCUGCGAAACAGAGGGCUGCGGGAUCGACCCCCGCCCGGCCCUAUUUUGUCUGUGUGUCAAUGAUGCUUCAAAAAUACUACGAUUUAAUUUGAAUGACCAGUGAGAUCAAAGAUGGCCUGUAGCAGGGUCACUGAGACACUUUUUAGCUGGAAUUUCAGGUUUUUGGCUUUUUUUUAUCUGAAAUCAAUAUUUUUCCAGGAUUUUGGCAAUAUUUUCUCAACCUUGCUUCCUGGAGCCCAUGCACAAUUGGUUCCAUUGGAGGGAAAAAGUGUUUUGGAAGGUGUGGAAGUUCGUGUAUCUUUUAAUGGACAAUGGAAAGAAAGUUUGCAGGAAUUGUCUGGAGGUUAGUUUUGGGUUUAAAUUUGGGAAAUUUUAUGGGGUUUUGUGCAAAAAAUGAUCAAAUUUCCAGGUCAACGUUCUUUGGUGGCACUUUCGUUAAUCUUAGCAAUGCUCAAAUUCAAACCUGCUCCAUUGUACAUUUUGGAUGAAGUUGACGCUGCGCUGGAUUUAUCGCAUACAGCAAAUAUUGGAAAAAUGAUUAAGACACAUUUUACGAAUAGUCAGGUAGGGGUUUUGAGCCUGGGAGCUGAAAAUUUCAGCAAAAAUUGACCGAGAAACUUGAUUUUUUCGCAUUUUAAAGGAACCUUUUUGCAGUUCGUCGUUGUUUCGCUGAAAGAAGGAAUGUUCAGCAAUGCGGAUGUUCUUUUUCAAACCAAAUUUGUGGAUGGAACUUCGACUGUCAGAAGAACCGAAAAUCAUCAAUUAACCUAA